GUGUGCCAACCUUUCAAAAAUUGACCACGACCACAAUUUGUUUUUAGCCGAAAGCUCGUCUAAAUUUUUAUCAAAUUCAGUUGUUAAAAUGGUUCUUUUAACUAAUGAAGAGUUCCUGUCGAAGCUUACCCUGCUAGCACAAUCAGCCCGAAAAGAUUCCUCCUUCACAGUCACAAUAAAACGAUACGAUGGGCACGACCGGCCAAAGCCGCGGGAAGGAAAGCCACCCCUGCCGACACCCGCCGAGUACAGCUGCCUGAUCCGGGUCCGGUCCGGUGCGAAGAAGCUCUCGACCGUGGUGAAGCGGGACGAGGUGGCCAAGUUCAUGGAAUCGUACUCGAAGGUGCUAAAGUCCAGCAUGGACGGGCUGAAGAAGGUGAAGAAAGUGAAAAACAAAGCCAAGGCAGCCCAGGGAUAGUGCGUUUGGUCACAGGGCGAAACACUCAUCGGAUACGUUCCACCCGGGAGUGCGC